GGACAGCAAAUCUUCUAUAAACACUUUGAACGGAAAGCUGCUGGAAUAGACGUAAAUAUCUCGGUGCAGGAACGAAAGGAUUUCCAAAAUCCAUCUAGUUAUGAACAAUUGAUCCUUAAUUUUGGAAUUAAUGAAGUCGCCACAUUACUUCAUCCCCGAUUGCUUACGGUGGAUUAUCCCCGGUGUUGUCGUUAUGAGAAAAUUGCCGAGGAUCAACGAAAAUAUAUGGAGAGCUUGAAUGCAUCGAAAGCGAAGCAUUCGUCGUCGAAGAGUGCGUCGGGUACCGUAAAAUCCGCAUCGGGAGCAGCAAAGUCCACGACAGCAGUAAGUCAUUCGUCAUCAGCGGCUGUGAAGAAGAGACCUUGA